AUGUCGAUUGCAUCUGACCUCAUUAACAUCAUAGAAGUAAAGACUUACAAUGCAUUGGAUUUACAACAGUUCUUUCUUGAAUUUACUUUUGGAAAUAUCGUUGGAAUGUAUCUGGCUCAGAACCACAACAUACCAAACUUGGCCAAAAAGCUGGAAGAAAUGAAGAAAGACCUGAAUGCCAAGAAGAAGCUGCCUAGCUCUUAA